AUGGCUUCCCAACUCUUCCUUGUGGCCCUCUUGGGCAUUGCUCUAGUGAGCGCCACUCCAGUGCCCCAGCAGGCUGGUAGUGCCAACUUCACCUCGGCAAUGACUCGCUACCUGCAGGCCUUCAGGAGCAUUAUGCCCUGCGGCUACGCCCCAGAGGGUAUCCCCGUGCUUGCUCCUAUCGUCACUCCCUUCUACGCCUACGACAUCUCCACCGACGACUACAGCCUGAAGGGCAAUGUGAGCAACAUGCGUAUCGAGGGCCUGAACAACUUCAAGAUCCUGAGUGCCAGCGACUACGGCAAGACCGGCCAGGCAGCCUACGACGUGAUCUUCCCCAAGAUUCAGAUUCUGGGAGCUGCCGAGGUCGAGGGCUUCGUCAAUAUUGGCGGCUUCCGUUUGCCCAUUCGUCAGCGAGAUGUGAUCAAUGAGGCCUUGGUGGAUCUGCGCUUUGUGGGCAGCUACACUUUUGCCAACAGUCUGACCAAUUCCUCGGGUCUGCGCAUCGUCGACUUCAAGCAAUCCAUCUAUCUGGCCGACGUUCUCAUGGACAACUGGAACUCGCUGUGGAACAUCUCCACCAACAACUUCUGGAACCGCUAUAGCAGGAUCUUCAUUUCCCUUGGCCUUGAGGAGAUCCAGCCCAUGAUCACCGACUUUUUGUACCAGAACUAUGUCGUGCCGAAGAUCAAUGAGUUGCUCGCCAACGUCAGCAUGGAGGAACUGGUCAACUUCUACCAGUCGCAGGCACAGCUCUGGGAGAAUGCCCAGUGCCAGGCUUAG